AACUUCAAUGAAAUGUUCCAUUGUGAAUAUCUAACCAACAAAACGCGUGCCCUUGCAGACAGAGACAGCAGCUGCGUGACAACUGAGCAAGAGCAAAUCGAAGCGAGAGCGAGGCGAGACCCAGGCGAGCUCAAUUCGAUUCACCCCACUCUCGCCUCUUUCACCUCGCACCAAUAUGCGCCGGCCAUUGACCCUUCUCAUCAAUGUUAUACAACGCAGCCCAGCUUUCACACCGCCGUACCGCAGCGUCUCGUUUCAGACCGCCGUACCGCAGCGUCUCGUUUCAGACCGCGGAUUCAUGAGCGAAGUAUUUUCAAAGAUGUAUCUCAUAAUAUUAAUCAAUCUAGCGAUUUCCAUAAGGCGUAGCAACACUACAUAAUACGCGUCGUCAAUGCUACGAUUUUCAACAUAGCCGUCUCUCCGUAUUUCGGGUAGCGGAUGCGCUUUGAGCUGAACAAUGACACUCGACCACAGCUCAAAAUUGAAAAAUCUGGUGUGGUACACUCACACAACUUUCCUUGCUCAUUGAUCUAUAAGCCUCAUUCUUAAAAGAGGAUAAUUUCGGGGAAUAACAU